GGCUAACCGGCUAGCUAGGCUAACUGAAGCGCCUGCAUAUCGAGGUGGCUAACCGGCUAGCUAGACUAGCGGCUAACUGAAGAAGUUGCAUAGUGAGGUUGCUAAACGGCUAGCGGCUAACUGAAGCGCCUGCAUAACGAGGUGGCUAACCGGCUAGGUAAGUUAGUGGCUGGUAGGAGUUGGUAUUCAUCACUUCCGUGAGCUCAGGUAAUUGUACCCUUGUUUUAGUGCAUGAAGGCGACACACUGUUUUAUGUAUAAGGCCCGGAAUUAAUACGGUGGGUUUGGUUUAACUUGUGACUUAGUUUUGCUUUCGCUGUACAUUGUUGCAUGUGGUUGUUGUGUGGUUCAUAUCUUGAAAUUCGUCAUUUGAAUUGCAAUUUUAAAACGCGUUGAUCGUGAAACAAAUUUACAAUGUCCUUACGGGUUUAAUGAAUCGAUCAGCUCUUUUAAAUGAUCUGAGUUGUGUAGUACGUCGCAUUGUAAAAGGUAACUCAAUAUUAAUUGAACGGUCAACAGUGGGGAAAUGCAAUACGUCUUUUUUCAGAUCUCGUUUAAUGUCUCGCAUUACGGAUUAAUUGCAGAACAAAUUUUAAAAAUGGGGAAUUAUGUAAUAUGUCAACAUCAAUGCAUUGCAGUAUAAAUAUAUAAAUCAAUGAGUUCUACCAGAUGGACAAAGACAUGUCCGACAGGGAGCUUAAAGAGGCAUUUGUGAGCAACUUAAAUGGAACAAGCCUUGGUGAAGUGUCCCUGGGCUGUUUCCUUGCCCCUCUCUGUUUGCUCAGCAGGGGACUGGUUCUUGUUAUAUAUCACCUUUGUCAGGGCAUCCUUCCACUUUCCAGUAAGGUGCACCUUCUCUUGGACUUCAGCAUCGUCAUUCUGCCCCUUGUCCUAUCCUGCACAAUACUAAGUGACAUCCUUCACCUUGUCAUUGUGAGCAUGGUAGCAGUAAAUAUCACUCUGCUUAUCUACGUGUACCACAUCAAAAAGCGCAGCAUCUGCUUGCCCGUCCAAAGCGAGAUCAAGAAUUUUUUGUCAAUGAACCUGGAGAUGAAUCGCGUCCCUUUCGUGACUGUCUUCCGAGUCCUCGUCAACGUGAAGACCGCGAUUAGCAUCCUUGCGGUUGAUUUCAGCGUGUUUCCAAGACGCUAUGCGAAAACUGAAACCUAUGGGACUGGGGUUAUGGAUUUUGGAGUUGGAGCCUACAUUUUGGCCAAUUCUCUGGUCUGCCCUGAAGUGCGGAAGAAAGAAGGACAGGUGUCUACGUUUAGCGACGUAUUUAAGCAAUUGCUGUCUGUCUGGCCAUUGAUCUUUCUAGGAAUGGCGAGGUUGAUCAGUCUCAAAGUGUCAGGUUACCAUGAGCAUGUGUCAGAGUAUGGAGUACACUGGAACUUCUUUUUCACACUGGCUAUAGUUCGAAUGGUUGCCUCAGUGCUGUUGGCUAUAUUCCCAGUAAAGAAGUCAUGGAUUUUGGGUUUUAUUAUUGCAGUAGCUUAUCAGAUGACUCUUGAGGCAACUGAGCUAAAGUCCUUUAUCCAAGAUAGUGAUAGAACCAGAGGAUUUUUAAGCGCCAACAAGGAGGGGUUGUUUUCAGUCAUAGGUUACAUAGCAAUUUAUAUGGUUGGGGUGCAAAUAGGAUUUUACGUAAUGAAAAGCAGAACACUGGUUAAAGACUGGAUCAAAGCAAUAUGUAACCUUCUUUUGGGAAGUGUUGUAUUAUGGGUGUUUUUGUAUCUUUGUCAGGCAUUUGUAGAGCCAGUCUCUCGCAGGAUGGCAAAUCUUUCCUUCUGUAUCUGGACUGUAGCCCAGUCCCUCCUUUUCCUUUCCCUUUUAAGCAUUGCAGAUCUAAUUCUAGCCUUUGCAAAAAUGUUAUCAAAUUGUUCCCUGGUGUCCUGCUCAUGGGAUCCAGUAAAAAAUAGCAAUCCCGAAAGCGUAGUACUUCACAAGGAAGUCAAGUGGAAACUCGAAGGACUCUGCCUCAUUCAAGCUGUGAACAGGAAUCAGCUGUUAUUUUUCAUGUUGGCCAACGUCAUGACUGGACUGACCAAUGUACUUGUAGAUACAGUCAGUAGCCAUGAUUUGAUUGCAGUGUGUAUACUCAUUUCAUACAUGUUUAUCACUAGUCUUAUCACAUAUGUUUUACAUCGUAAGGAAAUUACACUGAAAUUCUGGUAACAUAUGAAUGUGGCACAUGAAGUGUAAUAUGUAAUCUGUAAAUAAUUCUUUAAAUAAUGCACGUGGCUAAUAAAAUUGUGUAGUUCCCUCUGCA